AUGCCACCGCGCGCCGCCUCGCUGCUGCAGGGCGACCGCUGCGGCCACGGGCCGGGCCCGGGCCCCGGCCCCGGCUGGCGCGUCGGCGGGGAGCUCCACGGCGAGGCGUCCUGCAGCUACUUGCCGCUGCGCAAGCGGCUGUCCGUGGACGGCAAGUGCCCGGCGCCGCGGAUAUGCAUCUGGGAGUGCGACGGCGAGGCCGGGGACAUCACCUGCGACAUCGUCGCCGCGCCGCUGCGGCGCAGCUGCAGCGCCAGGGCAAUGCCGCCGCCGCCGGCUCCGCUCUUCCGCCGGAUGAUGACGCCGCCGCCUUCCCGGCCCAGGCCGCCGCCGACGCAACAGGUGGCGGAGGAGGUGGCGGCGACGGGGGCCAGGAGGCCCGGGGAGACCAUCUGCAAGGGCCACCGGAGCUACGGCCUCAUGCUUAACCUGCAGCUUGGCAUAAGCUAUUCGGUGGGGAAGUCGUCGGCGCUGCCGUUCAGGAAGCUCUCGCCAUCAGACUUCGACCCGCGGGAGAAGGUGUGGACGCGGUUCCCGCCGGAGGGGUCCAAGCUCACGCCGCCGCACCAUUCGGUGGAUUUCCGAUGGAAGGACUACUGCCCCGCGGUAUUCAGGCACCUAAGGAAGCUGUUCGGGGUGGAUCCUGCGGACUACAUGCUCGCCAUCUGCGGCAGCGACACGCUCCGGGAGCUGGCGUCCCCGGGCAAGAGCGGGAGCUGCUUCUUCGUUACACAGGAUGAUCGAUUCAUGAUUAAAACCGUGAAGAAGGCCGAAGUGAAGGUUCUAAUUAGGAUGCUGCGGAGUUACUAUGAACAUGUUUGUCGAUACAAGUCCACUUUACUGACAAGAUUCUAUGGCACACAUUGCAUUAAGCAAGCUGGCUGCCCCAAGGUCCGGUUCAUUAUAAUGGGCAAUUUUUGCUGCUCAGAGUAUAAGAUCCACCGGCGUUUUGAUUUGAAAGGUUCCUCACAUGGUCGGACUAUUGACAAAGCAGAACAGAAGAUCGAUGAAACUACUACUCUAAAGGACCUCGAUCUCGAUUAUGCAUUCCACCUGCAGAAGUUUUGGUACGAGGAGCUGAUGAAGCAAAUUCAGAUGGACUGCACAUUCUUAGAGACACAAGGAAUUAUGGACUACAGCUUGCUGCUAGGAGUUCACUUUCGUAAUGAUUUCUCAAUGUCUAAGAUGGGUGUACCCCAGUUUAAUGGUUUGCCAAAAUCCACUGGCAAAAGAAAAUCAUUUGAAGGUGGAGGUGAUGUUUGUGAGCUUUGCUUUAUGGAAUCUGGAUGCAAGGACAGAGAUUUCAUUGUUGACUCUCGGAAAACGUUGGUCCAGUUAGGCAAGAACAUGCCCGCACAGGCCGAGCGCAAGUCAAAGAGAGUCCUCGACAAGUUUCUCCUAAAUGAAAGACACUUGUUCAUAACCACGCCAAGCGGAGGAUCGCGGGAUGUCUACCUCUUCUUUGGAAUAAUCGACAUUCUUCAAGACUACGACAUUACCAAGAAGCUCGAGCAUGCUUACAAGUCCUUCCAGGUCAACCCUGGCUGCAUUUCUGCCGUGGACCCAAAGCUAUACUCGAGGAGGUUCCAGGACUUCAUUCGCAGAGUGUUCAUCAGAGAACAGUAGGAAAAACUUGCACAGAGUUAACCGGUGACUGUUCAGCUCCACUGACUUUUUACAUCAUGAGAUCCAUUGGUGAAGCCCCGGGUAUGAUCGUUUCACCGAUCCCGAGCGUGCCCUGGAACAGUGGAAAGGGUGAGCGGUUUACCGGACGCACAGUUUUCUGAAUAAUUGGCGCCGAGGAAGGAGCACUGCCGACACGCAUGCUAAUGCUGAAAGGAUGCGAGCUAAAACUAUAGAGCUUCGCCUUUUCGAGGACUUUGUAAAACGUAAGUGCCGGCUCCAUGAUUGCGGAGCACAUCCCGAACCUUGCUGUUGUUUAUUCCUUUUUGCACUCGCAUCCACCAAGAAUCUCAAGUAUUUUUAGCUUCUUGGGAUGCUUGCUUGAUGAAUGCCGGCAUGAUCUUUGCCGAGUGGGGAUCAGACACUGUACAUGUAUAUGCAUAUGCUGCCCUGUACCUGCAGUAUACACUAGAUGGAUUUAGGAACUGGUGCAUCUUUGUCAAAGUUCAAUAUGAAAGGAAUUUGGAUGCAUUCUUGCUUU